GUCUGACAUCACCCUGGUCGCCAUGGUGCCUGGUUCUGGAGGACCCGAGCAGGCUGGACACACACAGCCGGGGAGAACAAGAAACUUCAGCCCAAGCUGCUGCCACUUCCUUCCUGCCACCACCUGUUAACAGUCACACGCAGCAACUGGGGAUGGCGAGAUGGGGGCAGCCGCAGCCGCCUCGGGGACCCCAGCAACCAUGGCUUCCUGCCCAGACUCUGACAACAGCUGGGUGCUUGCCGGCUCAGAGGGGCUGCCCGUGGAGACCCUGGGCCCAGGAUGCAGCACGGACCCGGAAGACGAGAGCGCUCCCCAGGCCCCUUGGAGCUGCGCCGAGGCAGCUGCUGUGGGCGGAGAAGGGACCCCCUUCCAGAGUGAAAGCUCCCAGUGUGGUCCCAUUCUGCCCGAGAAGACCGAGGCCAAGGGUGUCCCGGAAGGUGACGGCUCCGCUACGAAGCCUCCUGGCCCGGGAGACACUCUGGUCCAGGGAGACUCGGAGGAGGCCCCUGUGGUGGCAGGCCUGGAGGAUGCACGGGACCCUGAGUGCCACAGCCCCCCGCAGAGCCUGCCCUCAUCUCCCAGCGCAGCCUGGCCCGCCGAGGAGGCCCGCCGCUCCAGCAGCGAGGACGACACGGACGUGGACGUGGACGUGGACGUGGGGGGGCUGCGGAGGCGGCGGGGCCGGGAGCCCAGCACCCCUCUGCCCACGGCGGCCCUGGGCGUGGAGGGCCAGGCCCGUGGCGAGGGUGCGGGCGGGGAGCUCGGCAUCUCCCUCAACAAGUGUCUCGUCUGGGCCCUGGCUCUGCUGGGCCUGGGAAGCCUCCUCCUCCUCUCCGGUGGCCUCCCAGAGUCUGACAGUGGGCCUGCGGAGGAAGCACAGCUGCAGGUCUUCCCGGACGCGGUCCUGGACGUGGAGGAUGGGCUGGGGCAGGGGCUGCAGGCGUCAGCGCCCCCUGACGGCGUGCCCGGCCUGCAGAACAUGGCCCUUCUGCUGGACAAGCUUGCCAGGGAGAACCAGGACAUCCGGCUGCUGCAGGCGCAGCUCCAGGUGGGCACGCGGGGGUGUCUGCCCUUGUGGCCCCAGGGAAGUCGCCUCUGCUUGCCUCCUGCCUCCGUCCCCUCCAGCCCCUGGAGGGCCGACCGCGCGCGGGGCCCCGACGGGGCGUGCGUCGGCGGGGCCAGGGGCUCCCCGGCCGGCGGGGUCCCCGGGGAGCAGCGGGCGUUGAAGCGCGAGCUGGGGCGGCAGCGGCAGGACCUGGAGCAGAGCUUGCGGGGCGCGGGCCGAGGGGCCCUGGAGACGGGGGGCCAGCGCCCCGGGGCGGCUGCCAACGCCUCGGAGGCCAGGCGCCCGGAGCCCCGCGCCCAGAGUGCCAGCGAGCGGAGUGGAAAGGAGGCGCGGCGGGAAGGGCAGGGGGACCGGAAAGCCGAGCCCGGGAAGUACGGGAAGGGGGGGACUGGUGGGGAGAGAAGGAAGGGCCGGGGGGGUGAGGACAGGGAGGCGGCAGGGGGGUGGGGGGAGGGCGAGCCGGGGGGCGCGCAGUGGGGCAGCAGGAAGGACGCCAAGCGGCCGGGCCCCAAGGAGCCCCCGAGGAAGAGUGGGGGCCCUCACCCCUCCGUGGAGCGGCAGAAGCACCCCCAGCGGAGGGAGGGCGCUAACGAGGGCCGUGACCCCCCGGCUCCCUGGGCAGAGCUGUCGAGGCGCAGGUACCGGGCGCCCCAGGGCUGCGCGGGCGUGCGUGAGUGUGCCCGGCAGGAGGGCCUGGCCUUCGGGGUGGAGCUGGCCCCCGUGCGGCUCCAGGAGCUGGCCUCUCUGCUCACUGCUUACCUGGCGCGGCUGCCCUGGGCCGGGCCGCUGAGCCAGGAGCUGCCGCUCUCGCCCGCCUACUUCGGCGAGGAUGGCAUCUUCCGCCACGACCGCCUCCGCUUCCGGGACUUUGUGGAUGCCUUGGAGGACAGCCUGGAAGAGGCGGCAGUGAGACAGACGGGUGAUGACGAUGAGGUGGAUGACUUUGAGGGCUUCAUCUUCAGCCACUUCUUUGGAGACAAGGCACUGAAAAAGAGGUCAGGGAAGAAGGACAGACACUUUCGGAGCCCAGGGAGGGGCUGAGGCCUGGUGCCCCCUAACCCUGGGGACCGUUGAACUGUCAUCUUCUCUAGUUCCUCAGGAGAGAGGCAGUCACGCAGGCUUCCACCGAUGCCACUUCUGCUAAGAAAAGGCUUUAGCUGGACCUGCCUUGCUGUCUAUGCAAAUCUGUGCAAAUGCUUGGGGGCCCGUGGGCAGGGUGGGGGGAGCGAGGGGGGUUGGGAUUCUGAUUCUGCUGCCAGAGAGCCUUCAUCCUCGCACGCAUGUGCCCCCAGAGGGGCGCCUUGGCUGCACACACUGGCCUGUGCCCCCUGGGACGGGGCUGGUGCUGGCGGGAGGCCCAGCAUGAGGGCUCUCCCUGGGGUGUCGUUACGUCUGGAAGCAGCCGUCCCCAGGAGCUGAAGGGGCCCCACCUCCUCGUGGGAACUGAAGACUCAGACCUGGGAAAAUGCCGUUGGCUGGGGGCUCUGUCACUGGGCUGGCGUGUAAGCCCAGGGGACACCCGCCUUGUCCCCCACCUCACCCUCUGCACCAGCCUUGGCCCUCGGGGCUGGAGCUCACAGCUGCCGAGGGACAUGGGUUUGCAGUGUGAGCCUCGGGCUCAAGUCCUGGCUGAGAGAUCUCGGGCAGGAGGCGUGGGUUUCUGAUCCUCAAACAAAGAGAUUGGUGGGGGGCGGGGGGGAAUUAAAUAAAGCAAUGUAAGCAAAAUG